CUCUGUUGUUUAUCUCUUUUAUGAAUGCAUGUGCUUGAGGAAUGCGUUUGCAGUGCAUGGGGCGGGUGUUCAGCAGCACCACAGCCUCAGCGUCGUCCACACUGUCCCCGCCCCUAAUUGGAGCCGAGUGAGCGGAUGAAACAUGGCGCUGGACGGAUGGAAAUACUAAUGACAGUCGGAAAACUCGCUUCCAUUUGUACCAUGGGCAUCAAUGCCUCUGCUCUGGAGAAAGAGAUUGGGCCUGAACAGUUUCCAGUCAAUGAGCAUUAUUUUGGUUUAGUCAACUUUGGGAACACCUGCUAUUGUAAUUCAGUCCUCCAGGCACUUUAUUUUUGUCGACCAUUUCGAGAGAAAGUUCUAGCCUACAAGAAUCAGCCAAGGAGAAAGGAAAAUCUCCUCACGUGCUUGGCAGAUCUCUUCCAUAACAUAGCCACACAAAAGAAGAAAGUUGGUGUAAUACCUCCCAAGAAAUUCAUAACAAGACUACGAAAAGAAAAUGAACUUUUUGAUAAUUACAUGCAGCAGGAUGCUCAUGAGUUCCUGAACUAUCUGUUAAACACUAUUGCCGAUAUACUGCAGGAAGAGAAAAAGCAAGAGAAGCAAAACGGACAGCUACAUAAUGGUUGUAUUAAUGACGACAAUGGCAAUGACGUACUGGAGCCAACUUGGGUACAUGAGAUGUUUCAAGGAACAUUGACUAAUGAAACCAGGUGUCUUAACUGUGAAACUGUAAGUAGCAAAGAUGAAGACUUUUUAGACCUAUCUGUUGAUGUGGAGCAGAACACUUCAAUUACGCAUUGCUUGAGGGGGUUUAGUAAUACAGAGACAUUGUGUAGUGAAUAUAAAUACUACUGUGAGGUGUGCUGCAGUAAACAAGAAGCUCAGAAAAGGAUGAAAGUAAAAAAGCUUCCUAUGAUUUUAGCUCUUCAUCUGAAAAGAUUUAAAUAUAUGGAUCAGUUACAUCGAUACACAAAGUUAUCUUACAGAGUAGUCUUUCCUUUGGAACUCCGAUUAUUCAACACAUCAGGGGAUGCUACGAAUCCAGAUAGAAUGUAUGACCUGGUUGCUGUAGUAGUGCACUGUGGAAGUGGUCCUAACAGAGGACACUACAUUGCAAUAGUGAAGAGCCAUGAUUUCUGGUUGCUGUUCGAUGAUGAUAUUGUAGAGAAAAUAGAUGCACAAGCCAUUGAGGAGUUCUAUGGAUUGACUUCUGAUAUCUCAAAGACCUCUGAAUCUGGUUAUAUCCUUUUCUACCAGUCCAGGGAUUAAAUGAGUGCAAGAGAACAGUUCCAUCUCACUCACUUCCAAAUGCUGACCCUUGCAGAUCAAGGCACUGGGAUCAUUCAGAAGAAGCAUAAGAUGGAAGAACAUUGCAUCUUGCUUAUGGAGUUUCAGUUACACUAGAGUCAUACUGAUUUUAAUGGCAAAUCAAAAAUAUCCUUUGUGAUGAAAGCAGUUUUACUCAUGUAAAAAUUUGCAUUGCAAUGAGUAGCAGCAAUGUUGCUUGUGUGAGUGGGCCACUGAGUUGGUGCUAACAUGUUGGUUCCAGAGCUCAAGUCUGACAUAAUUGAAGGUGAUGCAUGCUAAAUGCAUAUGAAUGAAACCAAAGUGAACUGAUAUUUGACCUGAUUAAUCUUCCCUGGUUUCAUCCAGUUGGCAUUUUACGUUAGGCAAUUUUUACAUCCUCAAAUUUUGGAACUACUGAAAUUUUUUUUUUCAAAAAAUUGACCAAAAAUGAUGACAGUUGAUCAUAAUGAGUUUGCGCAAAAAUUGUCACCAAAGACUAACAUGAUAUUGUGGAUUUUUGUAGGGCUUCUGAAUCUCUUUCUUACAAAACAAAAUACUUGACCAACAUCUAGUCUUGCAGUUGUCUCUUUUCAAUUUCCACAAGUUGAAUAUGUAAUAUUCUGGAAGUCUUGGUGUUAAGUUGCAUUAAAUUUUAGUGUUUUUUAAAAAUAUUGCCAUCUAAUCAUACAUCUGAACUUUUUGUUAACAAAAAUCUGGUGCUGAUUACUGAGUUGUCUAAUGCGCAAGAAGCAUCCUAUAUGUGUAGAUGUUAAAUACAGGGCAAGAGCAAUGGCAGAGUUAUAGGGCCUUGUAAAUACAACAUAAAGACAAUUUUGUAGUGUCAACAAAUUAAAAUACUUUUUUAAUAGCUUUUCGUAUCCCAGAGAAAUUGUAAAGUGGCGAAGUGUUAUAAAGAUAAUUCCAAUUGUUUUUGUCUCCAUGCAAAUAUAUAAUGAAAAAGUAAAUAAGAUCAUAUUUUAAAUGCCUUAGUAGAAUGAAAUCCCCCUACUGUUCUGUUAUAUUGGAGUGAGCACUAAUUAUUUUCAGUUGUAUAUAAUAUAUAAAUAAUGUGAUUAAUCAUUUUAAGAUUCAUUGGUUUCUAUUUACUAUUUCAGUUCCUGUAAAUCUUUGCUCACUAUUUUGUAAAAUUAUUCUUUGUCAUCUUAAAAUUUCUCCUACUUUAUGUUCUUCAAUGUGGUGAUUGAAGUAACUGACUAUUUUGCCUGGAAUAUAUGGUUUGUGCUCCCAUGCACUUAUUGAACUCACAGUCACAGAUGAAUGUAAUAUUUGAAGACCCUGUUUACACAGCAUAUAUAGGUUUGGAACUGUUUUGCAUUUCUGUUUAUGGGAAUUGAUGCACGCUGUUUAUACAAUUCCUAUAAAUCAGGGGUCCCCAACCUUUUGCGCACCGCGGACGGUACCGGCCGACCCGUGGGAGGGGGGGUGUUCAAGUUCAACAGUGCAUGACGGGGAAUGAGGAAAGGUGCAGCUGACUCAUAUCAUUUCAUAUCGCCAAAUCAUAUCGUUUCCUCGUGGCCCGGUGCUUGGGGACCACUGCUAUAAAUGACUGGCAGGUUUUCUUUGUAAAACUAUCCCCUUCCCUUUAUUAGUUUCAAAUUGAGUAAGUUUAAUCAAACUUGAUUGUACAAGAGGUGAUUGAUAAGUUCGUGGCUGAAGGUAGAAGGAGUCAAUUUUAGAAAACUUAGCACAUUUAUUUUUCAACAUACUUAGUUCAGCGGUUGUGGAGCAUACGGAUCUUGGACCUCCAGAAAGUGUCCACAGCAGGGGUGAUUGAUAAGUCGUGGCCUAAGGUAGAAGGAGAUGAGUUUUAACUUCAGACUUCCUGCGUAAUCACUCAAAGCGUUGAACUGCAUGUGCAUGUAACUCAUCUGCAGGACUAAGUGUGUAAAUGUAGGAGGGAACUAUGUUGAAAAAUAAAUGUGCUAGGUUUUCUAAAAUUGACUCCUUCUACCUUCGGCCAUGAACUUAUCAAUCACCCCUGGUAAAUCGCUGCCUGGCUACUCCUAAUGAUGCACACCAGCCCAUGUUUCUGAAUCAAGGUUUGAUGCUGUCUGAUUAGAUGUCCGAAGCAUGCCUAUAAUUUGAAGAUAGAUUUGUUACCCUUUAAUUUAACAGGAUCCAAGCAUUUAUGAUUGAUAUGAGAGCAUACUAUACUCACCCUAAAAUGUAUUUUAAAGUGGCCUGCAAAAACUUUAACCUAGGGUUUAAGACCAGAAUCACUGUUUUGAAUAAUCUAGGUGGAGGACUUUACCACCUUUCUCUUGUACAGUAUUUCAUAUUGAUACUUUGAAAUCCAAUGAAGAAUGUCUAUCUGCUGCUAAAAAGAAAACUUUAAUUAAUCAGAGAACAUCUAGCUGUUAGAAUAAUGCUUGUUGCCUCAGGAAAUGCUGUGGUCUUUACGAUUGAUGCCAUUUAGCCCUUAGCAUUUUUGUUUAGGUUUCUUCAGAAAGGUAUGGUAUCAUGUUAUUGUGGCAAGAUGUUAAGUUGGGGACAGGGCCUGUUCAGACUGAUUGGCUUCUAAGUAGAUAAAGUAGUAGCUGAAGUCUCAAUUAGCUUUUUUCUUUAAAAAUGUUAUUUUUCGUUUAAGUCUGUUGGACUUAACAGUACUUCAAUUUCCUUUUAUCCCUGCAUUAAAACACAUUUUUGGGAUUCAGGAAUAGAGAAGCCAUGACAUUCUAUUGAAUGCAUUUUGCUUCCUCCUCUCUGCCUCCCUACUUUUAACUUUGGUAGGAUUGUACACUUAAUAGUCACUCUCUUGUUUUUAAAAUAAAGGAAUGCUUCAAUUAAAUAAAAGAAAAACAAAAUCAUUGGUAGAAUGAGAUAUCUUUAGAAUAUUGCAGCAUUAUGCAUUUGUUCCUGUGUUUGCUCGGGUUUUGUGAAACAAAAUGUUUUGGAUGUAGAUUUUAGUGACUUUGAACUAAUUUGGCUAUUGUAUUGCAGUCAGAUGGUGCAUAGUUUGGUAAAGUACUACAACAUUGCAUAUUAGCCAUCAGAAAUCAGGGUGAUAGGGAAAUGUAACCGGUGAAUAAUGGAACUGAUUUGUGUCUUAAGUCAUGAAGUUCUUCGGGGCACAGCUGAAUAUUUUGUAUAUUGCAUAAAAAAAAAGAAAAAAAUUUCUACAGAAAAAUGUAUGUUCUUUGAUAGCAUAAUAUUGUAUGUAUAUAUUGAAAAAUUACUCUAAAUUAUAAAUUGUUGCACUUUUGAUACUGAUUUUUAGGUGUAUUUAAGGGGUUACUUGAGACAGACUGUUUAAUUAUGUUUUUGUCUUAAAUAAAAAAAAUAUAAUUUACAAGUCUAAGGACAGCUUGAAUUUUAUAUUGUCUUUGGUAAUUGCACAGAUUCAUCAAAUUAAUUGUCAUGUCCAAUUACAUUUUAUUUCAUCAGAAUAUACAUUAGGUCCUGUACAAGUAAGGCUCAAAACUAUAAUAUUUACAGUGGUUAUCAAAAAGAAUUAAACACACAAAAAAUGCUGGUGAACACAGCAGGCCAGGCAGCAUCUAUAGGAAGAGGUACAGUUGACGUUUCGGGCCGAGACCCUUCGUCAGGACUUUUGAAUAACUUGUUGAGACUAAUAGGACUGUGCACUUGAAAGAUACUUAUGAUUCAACAAUCAGUGAGGGUAAAGCACCUGACAUGGUAUUGGUUGUGAAAGUAUACAGUCAUUGAAAGCAAGCAUGCAGGUACAGCAGGCAGUGAAGAAAGCUAAUGGCAUGCUGGUCUUCAUAACAAGGGGAAUUGAGUAUAAGAGCAAAGAAGUCCUUCUGCAGCUGUACGGGGCCCUGGUGAGACCACACUUGGAGUAUUGUGUGCAGUUUUGGUCUCCAAAUUUGAGGAAGGACAUUCUUGCUAUUGAGGGAUUGCAGCGUAGGUUCACAAGGUUAAUUUCCGGGAUGGUGGGACUGUCAUAUGUUGAAAGAUUGGAGCAACUGGGCUUGUAUACACUGGAAUUUAGAAGGAUGAGAGGCAAUCUGAUAGAAACAUAUAAGAUUAUUAAGGGAUUGGACAUGCUGGAGACAGGAAGCAUGUUCCCGUUGAUGGGUGAGUCCAGAACCAGAGGCCACAGUUUAAGAAUAAGGGGUAGGCCAUUUAGAAUGGAGUUGAGGAAAAACUUUUUCACCCAGAGAGUGGUGGACAUGUGGAAUGCUCUGCCCCAGAAGGCAGUGGAGGCCAAAUCUCUGGAUGCUUUCAAGAAAGAGGUGGAUAGAGCUCUUAAAAGAUAGUGGAAUCAAAGGUAAUGGGAAUAAGGCAAGAACUGGAUACUGAUUACGGAUGAUCAGCCAUGAUCACAGUGAAUGGCGGUGCUGGCUCGAAGGGCGGAAUGGCCUACUCCUGCACCUAUUGUCUAUACGGCAUACACAUGCUUAUAGCCUACAUCACCUCCCUCACCAUCAUACAGGGAGGGCCCCAAACUAUUUUUCUAGUUGAGGCAACACCACCUGCAAGUCUGUCAGUGUCAUCUAUUUUAUUCAGUGUUCCCAGUGCAGCCUCACUCAGGUUGGAAGAGCAACCCCUCAAAUUCUGACUAGGUAGCCUCCAACCUGACGGCAUGAACAUCAAUUUCUCUAACUUCCAGUGAUUCCUCCCCCUUCUUCCUUCUCUCCUUUUCUAUUCCUCGUUGUUUCUUCUUCUCACCCCUUCUCCUCAACUGCCUAUCACUUCCCUCUGGAGGCCCUCCUUUUCCUUUCUUCCAUGGUCCACUAUCCUAUCAGAUUCCUUCUUCAGCCCUUUACUACUUCCACCUACCACCUCCCAAAUUCUUUCUUCAUCCCCCUCAUCUGGUUUCACCAAUCACCUGCCUGCGUGUACUCCUUCCCCUUCCCCCUCCCCCAUCGUAUUCUGACUUUUGCCCCCUCCUUUCCAGUCCCAAUGAAAGGUCUUGGCUCAGAAUGUUGACUAUUUACCCUUGCUGAUUUUCUCCAGCAUUUUGUGUGUGUUUCUCAGGAUUUCCAACAUUAGCAAAAUCUUUGCCUCUAUGCUUAAACCUUUUAUUGCUUUGACAUGUAAUGACAAUUUUAAUAUGAUGUUUCUGACAGUGCAUUAAACACAAAUGUAACAAGCUAUUGUAUCUAAUGCCCAUCGUUGUUCUCACAUAUUACCUAAUGCAACAAGGCCUAAUUUGACGUGAAUGCACAGUGUGAGUUUGUCCCCAUUUUGAAGUAAUAGUAAUGUCAAUUUUUGUAUCUGAUUCCAUUGUGUCUCCAUGUUUUUUAAUGGAACUAUUUAUCUAAAUUUGUACUAUACUUCAACACUAUUGCCAAUGGUGGUGUUGCAGUGCAUAAACUUGAAUGCUUUGGUAACAGAAUGAUCAUUAAAGUAUAUCAAGUUAUGUUGGCAGAUAUCAUUAUAAAUGUAAACAUUAGAAAUUAACAUGGAAAAUUGUCAAUGCUUUCAACAAAUCAUGGGUUAAUCUUAACAACACAGAGCCAGUCAGAAUAUCAACGCUGGCCUUCCUGUAGUUUAUAUUCCAGUAUAGUGACCAUUAGAUAAAGUAUAUAAUAUACUGUAAUUUGAGAAUAAUGCACUUGGAAAAUUUGAAUUAAAUAGGCAUUUACUAUGCUUUAUUGGGUAGAAUGAAAAGCUUUGCACCAACUUGCCUGCUCACAAGUAUUUUUACUCUCGAGCUGUAAAUUUGAAUACUUAUGCUUGGUAUAAUCCAUAUGAUCAAACAAAAUGUAUGCUGAGUCUGGCACAGAUCUGACAGGAUAAAUCUGACGUGGACAUUCAUUGACUAGAUAUGACUUCUUCCAUCGUCUCAGUGCUUUCUCUUAAAACAAUUUUUUUUUGCUAGCUACAAAUAAUAGAAGCUUGUUAAAUUACUUGUGAUGUAAGUUGACAGUUGCUGUUUCAAAAGGACCUCAGUAUUGGUAUUUCACAAUUCUUGGCGAGAGGCAAGAUAAAUGAUUCACUUUGUUUGAAUUAUCUUGGCAUAUUUGGAUUUUAGGGCCUUUCAAUUAUUUAACAAACUGGAUCAGUCAGUUAGAAUUAAUUAAGUUACUUCGGUGUGCUAGGUCAUUAGAAUCAAAUAGAUCUGAGUUUGAGCCACAAAAUUUUUCUAAUAACUUAGUUUUAUAAUGAGUCAUUUAACCUGACCCGAGGAAUUCCUAAUAUGCCGUACAAAGAUUUGGAGCUUUAACGAUUUUCAAAUUAUUUGAUUUGAAUACUGCACUUAGAGACAAGCUAGUAGUUCCUAUUCUUUAAACUGUUAAAGUUAACUCUUAACAUUUAAAAGUUAGCAUUAACUGUUCAAGUUAAUGUUACAAAUCUGACGGAAGCUUUGCCUAAAUAAUCCAUUUAUGGCAACCAUAUUGUGAAGUUACAAUAUUGUUUUCUCAAAGGUGCUGAUCUCUAUAGGGAUUCAGUUUCAUUAACUAUUUGUAAAGCUGCUGAGUUGAUCCUGAGAAGUUGUUUUAAGAGCUAUAUUCCAGGAAGCUCCUCACAUGUUAUGAUAAAUCUGACAAGGGUAGAUAAUGACAAGCAGUCUUUUUGUCUCACAAAUUUGGAGGUUUUGAUAGUUUUACCAGAAUGUCAAUUUUGCAAUAAAGCUGAAAAUUAGCACUUUCCAUGAAAAUGAUUCAAUUUUACAAUCAUUAAGUUAACAAUUUCUGUUCCCAUUUCAUUUGACCCUCCAAUAUCAAUAAGUGUAUUUACUUUCAUAUGUAACAUACAGCAUAUCUUUAUUUGAAGUUGUGCUUCAGUGAUGACUGAUUUUGUAAAAUCCUUGACCCUAUUUCUUUGGAAGGACCAAAUUUAUUUUUAAAUAUGUUAAUUUGUACAUCGUAGCUUUUAGAUAUGUAUAAUAUUGAACUCAGCUGCUCAGUGUUUCAACAUUACUUCUUUGUCACUGACUGAAAUUACUGUUUUUCUUUGAAGUGUAAGGAUUGUUUCCACCAUAGUUCCCAAUUUGGUGCCAUUCAAUUGGACAACACAAAAUAGGAACUUCUCACACAACCACACUAUGGUAAGAACUUUUAAAGAAUGAAAAGAUGGGAGAGUGCAGCCCCACAAAUCAAUGGGCUUUCACCCCAAGAAAAAGGGCAGCAUUGACCAUUGGCAGGAGGGGCUGCCAGGCACCAGUAGCAACAUUUUCCAGGGUUUAGAUGUUUCAAUAGAGACAGGAAGGGAUGUAAAAGAAAUGGGGGGAUUGGCUUCACUGCAACUUCUGCCAUCUGCAGUGGGAUCCUACCACCAAGCAGAUCUUUCCCUCCCCCCCCCCACCCCCAACCACACAUUUCAGAGAUGGUGAUUAUAACUCCCCAUCCUUUAACAUAGCCGUGGACAAGGAUAGGAACAGACAAUAUGGGAAAGUCUUUAAUUGGGAAGGGCUAAUUACAGUGGUUUUAGGCAGGAAUGUGGGCAUGUAAUUUGGGAACAAAUCUCAGGGAAAUGUACCACAGAAAUGUGGAGGUUGUUAGGGAGCCCUUGUAUUGAGUUCUGGACAGGUUUGUCCUGCUGAGACGGGAAAGGGUAGCAGGGUGAGGGAACCAUAGUUUAUAAGAAAUGUAGAACAUUUAGUCGAGAGGGAGAAAGAAGCAUACUUAAGAUUUAGGAAGCAAAAUUCAGACAGGAGUCUUGAGAAUUAUAAGGUAGUCAGGAAGGACCUCAGGAAAGAACUUAGGAGAGCUAGAAAGUGGCAUGAGAAGGCCUUGGUGAGUAGGAUUAAGGAAACCCCAAGGUGUUCCACAUGAGUAUGUGAAGAAAAAGAGGAUUGCCAGAGUGAGAGUAGGACCAAUCAGGAAUUGUAGAGGAAAUGCAUGGAGUUGGACGAGAUAGGGGAGGUCCUUAAUGAAUUCUUUGCUUCAGUGUUCACCAGUGAGAGGGAACUUAGCCAACGUGAGGUCAGCACAGAACAGGGAAAAGUGUUGGAGCAUGUUGAGUUUAAGAAAAGCAGUCUUGGAUCUCUGAAAAACAUUUAGAUAAAUAAGUUUCUGUGACGAGACGGGAUAUACUCCAGGUUACCAUUGUUCGAAAGGGAAGAGAUUGAAGAUGAUAAUACCAGAGGAUCAGAGGCGGCAAAUGUUGUUCUAGUGUUCAAGAAAGGUAAUGGGGAUAAUCCUAGUAAUUAUGGACCAGUAAGUCUUAAGAGGUGGGCAGCUAAUGGAGAGGAUUGUUAAGGACAGGA